AAAUAAAUAAUAAAUAAAUAAUAAACCUAGAUGGAUUAUAAAUCGAAUCCUGAAUGAUUCAAAAUUUAAAACAUCCAACCGAAUGAAGUUCACCCCUACUUCGAGUAGCUAUCUUUCAUUUCCGUCACAAACCUGUGACUAUAACUGCCCUUGUUAUGAAGUUGCACGAACUGUCCGCGGUGCCCAACCCAAUUGCCCGCUCUGCCCUACCUUGCACCUUUCAUUUUGCUGCCUCUCUUCGAAUAUAUUUUUCUCUCUAAAAAUCGAGACGAAAUAAUUUGCCCUUUCUCUUAUUUUUAGUUUUAAAAUUAUAUUUGCUUCUAUAGAUUGGAAGGCGGCUUAAGAAAUCAAACGUGGUGGAUGGAUCGGAGAUUGAAUUUGAUCAGGUAAACGGGAGAAUCGCGAGCGAAUGGAUUAGGGUUUUGUAUAUGAAAUUUCCAAAUUGGGGGAAAUCAAGGUUUGGUUGAGGGAAGAUUUUUGGCAGACGGUGAACGGUUGGCAUUUGGUGGAUGUCGGGUAAGAAAGGGGGAAAUCGAACAGGGGGAAAGAAGAUAGAAAUAAUAAGGAGGGAAAGUUUGAUGGUACUCGAAGGGGAAAAUGCAAGGCUAUGCGUGGGCAAGGAAGAGGUGAAGAGAGGAAAAUAGAACGGCACAUGUUGACAGUCCCUACACUUGCCACCGCGGUUCUGAGUGGUGAUAGUGGUGCUUCUCUCUCUUUUUUAUCUACCAUUAAUUCAUUUUCAAAGGAUGGACACAGAUUCAGUGUAGGUGGCUGUACUCUCUUCAAACCAGCCCAAGAUUCUCCACUUUUUAUUGGAAUAAUCCAUUCUCUAACUGCUGCUAAAGAAAAUAAGUUACUGUUGGGUGUGAAUUGGCUAUAUCAACCUGCUGAAGUAAAGCUUGGCAAAGGCAUCCUAUUGGAAGCUGCUCCAAACGAGAUCUUUUAUUCCUUCCAUAAGGAUGAGAUUCCUGCUGGAUUGUUGCUUCAUCCAUGUAAAGUUUCAUUCCUUCCUAAAGACAUUGACCUUCCAUCAGGGAUUUGCUCAUUUGUGUGCCGACGAGUUUAUGACACUACAAACAAGUGUUUAUGGUGGCUAACUGAUCAAGAUUAUAUUUAUGAACUGCAGGAAGAAGUAGAUCAACUGUUACGUAAGACGCGUAUAGAAAUGCAUGCUACAGUGCCGAAACCAAAGCCAAUGAAUGAUCUGACAUCAGCAUCACAGUUAAUACCCGGUUCAGAUAGUCCUUCAUUUUCUUCUCAGGGUAAGGGAAAGAAAAGGGAGCAUGGGGAUCAAGUCUCUGAACCUGUCAAACGAGAAUGUAUUAAUAGAAUGGAUGAUGUGGAUUCUGGUCAUAUUAUACCAGAAAUUAAUUUAAAAUUUGAGAUUGCAAAAAUUACUGAAAAAGGGGGACUGCAAGAUUAUGGAGAAGUUGGGAAAUUGGUUCAGCUCAUUAUUCGUGAGAGAAAUGAGAGGAAAAUAAACUUGGUGAGCCGAUCAAUGCUUGCUGGUGUUAUAGCAGCUACACACAAGUUUGACUGUCUUAGUCGUUUUGUUCAGCUCAGAGGGUUGAAUGUUUUUGAUGAAUGGCUCCAGGAAGCCCAGAAAAGGAAGAUUGGUGGUAGUAGUGGCUCCAAGGAUGAUAGAUCAAUUGACAAUUUUCUUUUAACCUUACUCCAAGCACUUGAUAAGCUACCAGUAAAUCUUACAGUUCUGCAGAUGUGUAGCAUUGGCAAGUCUGUGAAUCUUUUGCGUACUCAUAAAAAUGUUGAAAUACAGAAGAAAGCAAGGAGUUUAGUUGAUACAUGGAAAAAAAGAGUUCAGGUUGAGUUGGAUGCUAAAUAUGGUCCAAAUCAGUCUGUUCCCUGGUCAGAUGUUGCUAAAUGUGGAAUCAAGAACUAUAGACCUUCUGAGGUUGCAGUGAAGAGUUCAGUAACACAAUUCUCUGCAACUAAAACUGGUUUUGUUAAGCUUGUUCAAGGAGAGACUGCAACCAAGUCUGCUUCUGCAACGCCGGUACCUAUGAAGGCAUCAACAUUGCCUGCUUCAGCCAGAACAAAGGCGCGAAAUGCUACUAUUGUUGGCACCUCUGAUCCUCAAGCAACCACAAGGGAUGAGAAAAUCAACAGUUCUAGUCAAUUCCACAGCAAUACUCUGUCAUGUUCUAGUGAUCAUGCGAAGAUGGGGGAAAUUCCAGUAAAGGAGGAUGCAAGAAGUUCUGCAGCUGGUUCAGGAACUGUGACUAAGAUCUCAGGUAGCUCAUCACGGCACCGGAAAUUCAUUAAUGGUUUGCCGGGGCCAUUGGGGGUUCAAAGGGAAACCGGACCAUGCAAUAAUUCUUCUUUGCACAGAAAUUCUGCUCCUGGAAACAUAUCACAGUCCAGUUUAACAUGUGAAAAGGCGGUGGAUGCUUCUAUCGCUGAGGGUAAUGGUAAUAAGUUCAUUGUUAAAAUCCCAAAUCAAGGUAGAGGUCCAGCACAAAGUGUUAGUGGAGGAUCUCUUGAAGAUCAAUUGGUUACAAACAGCAGAGCUUCUUCUCCUGUCCUUUCAGAGAAGCAGGAACAAUUCAAACAUAACAUGAAGGAGAAGAGUGGUACUUACCAGGAAAAUGUUAUAACUGAUGUAAAUAAUGAAUCCUGGCAGAGCAAUGAUGUAAAAGAUCUGCUGUCUGGGUCUGAUGAGGGAGAGAGUUUACCCGCAGCUGUUCCUGAUGAAGAAUACUGUAGAACCGGAGAAGAUCUUACGAAAAUAACCGAAGUCACAAAAGUUGCUUCCUCAUCUUCUGGAAAUGAAAUUAAAUCAAGGAAGAUGCAGAGGGCUUCUUUGAACUCCAUAAAUACUCUAAUUGAUAGUUUUGUUAAGUACACUAAAGCAAAUGCGUGCAUGCCGGUUGUGGAUGAUGCUGGAAUGAAUUUGCUUGCUAGUGUGGCUGCUGGAGAGAUUCCUAAGUCGGAUGUGGCUUCCAGAGUUGAUUCUCCACAAAGAAAUGCCCCUGUUGUUGAGCUCUCUUCCAUGGGCAAUGAUACAACACAAAAACCUUCUGUUGGGUAUGAGGUUGUUCAAGAUCGAAACUUCUCUGUUGAAUGUGUAUAUGAUGAGCAUCUGAAGCAGAGUGUUGUUGCUGGUAAAUCAUGGGCUAAAAAUGCAGACAGCAUGAAUGUUUCCGCUCAAGAAACAUCUGGAGUGGAGCUGAAUGAGCAGUUAACUUCAUCAAUUAUUGAUUUACCAUGGACUGCAGAACAUUGUCUUGAAAAUGGUAAAGUAAAGGAAAUAACAACGGCUGUUUUAGUCAAUUUUCCCUCUGCAAGCACUUUGGAGAAGACAAGUGAUAUUGGAGAUUCCAAAGAACAUCUGGAGAAAAAGGCUGGUGCUGUUGAUGAUGAUGGGAGGUUGGAUAUUAAACAAAAGAAUAUCACAUUUGGGGCAAAUGAAAAUAAGGUUUCUGAUCUGGGUUUAAACCUUCAGAAAGAAGUGGUUGAAGGAUCUUCAUCUGCACCCUCCAUGGAAGUUGAUGUUGAGUGCAAAACAGAUGUCACUGAAGGUAUGGACAGAGGUUCACAUACUCCUGAGAAGUCACCAGCUAUUGUUGGACAUUCUACCAAAGGAACAGAUAAAAAAGCAUCGCCUACUGGUUCUAAUGAUAUGAUGGAAACUUUUAAUGUAGUAAAGGCUGAGAAGGAUGUUGAGGCUGAUGUUCGUAGUCAAGCCAGUGACAAAGAGAAGCGAAAACCUGAUUGGGAAAUGGUCCCUGCCCAGAAAGUUGAGCAUAUGGAGGAGAAUUUAGAAGGUAGUGAGUGUCCUGAACCAUACUGUGGACUAUCUCCUUGUAAGGCAUCCAUAUUAAUAGAAACAAAACAACCUAUUAGGAUAAGGGGAUCCAAUUUGGCUGGUGUAGAGGAGCGUACAUCAACCACUGCAGAUACUCCUGCUACAUGUGCAGAUGCUAAAGUAAAAUUUGACUUGAAUGCUGGCUUUAAUGUGGAUGAUGGGAAAUUUGGGGAGCCAAUUAACUUGGCAGAAGCACUGUGUCCUGCUUCUGUCCAAUUAAUUAACCCAACGCCUUUAUCUGUUUCUUUUGCAUCUAACAGCGUUCCUGCUUCAAUUACUGUUACUGCUGCUGCAAAAUGGCCCUUUGUUCUGCCAGAUGACCUACUGAGGAGUAAAGGAGCACUUGGUUGGAAGGGAUCCGCAGCCACUAGUGCAUUUCGGCCGGCUGCCAGAAAGAUUUUGGAAAUGCCCCUGGGUACAAGUCAUGCUUCCAUUUCUGAAGCUACUACGGGGAAACAAAGCCGUCCUCCACUGGAUAUUGAUUUGAAUGUACCUGAUGAGAGACUACUUGAUGAUCUAGCUUCCCGAAGUUCUGCUUUGGGCUCCGACUCUGCAGCGGACCUUACAAAUAAUCGUGAUUUAACAUUUCGCUCUUCUGGGGGACUUGAUCUUGAUUUGAAUAGAGUUGAUGUGCCUGUUGAUUUAGGUAAUCUUUCAACUGGCAAUAACUUUAGACUAGAUGUCCAUAUGCAGCCUAUAAAGUCAUCAUCAUGUGGUAUUUUUAAUGGUGAGGCAAGUCUCCACAGGGACUUUGAUUUGAACAAUGGACCUAUUCUUGAUGAGGUGAGUGCUGCACUAGUUAGCCAGCGUAAUAGAAGCAGUAACAUAUCAUCUCAACCACCAGUUUCCAGCCUGCGAAUAAACAAUUCUGAGAUAGCAAAUUUCUCGUCAUGGUUUCCUACAGGGAAUACAUACUCGGCUGUCACUCUUCCAUCUAUCUUGUUUGAUAGAGAACCUCAUUUUCCUGUUGCAACUGGUGGACCACAAAGGGUGUUGGGUCCUGGUCCCCCUACUGGUGCCUCUGCCAUCCCCUUUAAUUCUGAUGCAUAUAGGGGACCUGUCUUGUCCUCUUCGUUGGCAGUGCCCUACCUAUCAACUCCUUUCCAGUAUCCCACGUUCCCCUUUGGAGCAACGUUUCCUCUUCCUUCAACCAGCUUUCCUGGCAGCUCAGCAACUUAUUCUGAUUCAUCUCAUGGUGGGAGGAUUUGUUUACCCUCAGUCCAUGCACAAUUGUUGGGUCCUGCUGGUGCUGUUCCCUCCCAUUACCCAAGGCCCUAUGUUGUUAGCCUUGUACACAAUAAUGGUAAUAGUAUUGCUGAGAAUGGUAGGGCAUGGGGAAGACAAGGUCUAGACUUAAAUGCAGGGCCUGGAGGCCUGGACAUUGAAGGAAGAGAUGAGACAAUAGCGCUUGCAUCUAGACAACUGUCUGUUGUGAGUUCACAGGCCCUGGCAGAGGAGCAAGCAAGGAUGUAUCAAGUGGCAGGUGAUGUUUUGAAAAAGAAGGAACUUGAGGGUUGUUGGGAUGGAUACAAGCAAUCUUCAUGGUAGUAGGAAUCCUUAAAUGUCCCUAUCUGGUGACCCAUGAAAUCUUUUAUUCAAGGAUAGGCAUGGGCUAACCCCCAGAAGGAACCUGUGUGCUCUUAGAGGGUGGGUGGUAAGUGAGCCAUUUGAUGCUGUUCUUAGUCUCCGACCCCCACCUUUUGCUGUAUCAACUUUAUCAUAAAAGAAUCUGUCUGGGUUUUUCAUGCCAAUCGUUCCUUGAAUUUGUUAUGAUGCAGAUGAGUUGCCCAUUGUAGAUAUUAUAACUGUUGGCAAUCAUGCGCUGUGUUUGCGCAGACAUUAGAGAUUGGUGCCCAUACUGGUUUUAGUGCAUAUCUUUCGUGCCUUGGUUCUUUUCCCUUAAUUUUUUUCCUAAUUAAAGUGGUCACCGAAUUUUGAUUCUAA